CGCCGCUGGCAUCCCUUGCCGCGGCGAGCCGAGGAAGCAGCAGCAGAGCCGGGCGACUCCAGUGGACUUGAAGACUCGGCCGAAGGUGGACUGACAACAAAUUAGCAACCAUGAGGGAAAUCGUUCACCUCCAGACUGGCCAGUGCGGCAACCAGAUCGGCACCAAGUUCUGGGAGAUCAUCAGCGACGAGCAUGGCAUCCAGCCCACCGGGGAGUACGCAGCCAACCAGGAGAAGGAGCUGAUGGACCUGCAGCUGGAGCGCAUCAACGUCUACUACAACGAAGGCAACCAGGGCAAGUAUGUGCCACGCGCCGUCCUGGUGGAUCUGGAACCUGGCACCAUGGACAGCGUGAGGGCCGGGCCACACGGACAGCUGUUCAAGCCCGACAGUUUUGUGUUCGGCCAGAGUGGUGCAGGCAACAACUGGGCCAAGGGUCACUACACUGAGGGGGCCGAGCUGGUGGACUCCGUGCUGGACGUGGUCCGCAAGGAGGCCGAAAAAUGCGACUGUCUGCAGGGCUUCCAGCUGACGCACUCCCUGGGCGGCGGCACCGGCUCCGGCAUGGGCACGCUGCUGGUGUCCAAGAUCCGCGAGGAGUUCCCCGACAGAAUCAUGGUCACAUUCUCUGUUGUCCCCUCGCCUAAGGUUUCGGACACUGUGGUUGAGCCCUACAACGCUACGCUGUCCAUCCAUCAGCUGGUGGAGAACACCGAUGAGACUUACUGCAUUGACAACGAGGCGCUGUACGACAUCUGCUUCCGAACCCUCAAACUGCAGAACCCCACCUAUGGCGACCUCAACCACCUGGUCUCCCUCACCAUGUCUGGCGUCACCACCUGCCUGCGCUUCCCCGGCCAGCUGAACGCUGACCUGCGCAAGCUGGCCGUCAACAUGGUGCCCUUCCCUCGCCUCCACUUCUUCAUGCCCGGCUUCGCCCCACUCACCGCCCGCGGCUCCCAGCAGUACCGUGCCCUCACAGUGCCCGAGCUCACCCAGCAGAUGUUCGACGCAAAGAACAUGAUGGCCGCCUGUGACCCCCGCCACGGCCGCUACCUCACCGUGGCUGCCAUCUUCCGCGGCCGCAUGUCCAUGAGGGAGGUUGACGACCAAAUGUAUAAUAUCCAAAACAAGAACUCCUCCUUCUUCGUGGAGUGGAUCCCCAACAAUGUCAAGACCGCCGUGUGUGACAUCCCUCCACGGGGCCUCAAGAUGUCCUCCACCUUCAUCGGCAACUCCACUGCCAUCCAGGAGCUGUUCAAGCGUGUCAGCGAGCAGUUCACAGCCAUGUUCCGGCGGAAGGCUUUCCUCCAUUGGUACACCGGCGAGGGCAUGGACGAGAUGGAGUUCACCGAGGCGGAGAGCAACAUGAAUGACCUGGUCAGCGAGUACCAGCAGUACCAGGAAGCCUCCGCGGACGACGAGGCAGAGUUUGAAGAGGAGGCCGGCGAGGUGGAGGGCGAGUACGACUAGGCUGCCGGCGCUCUUCCUAGGCCGAGCCCAGAGAUGGCGGGGACUUUGGUAUUAAUUUAAAGGAUGCACAGGGCUGUGUUUUGUUCUGCUUCAGUUAACUACCAUGUAGUUUCCCUUCGGUCACAUUCCAAGUGUUCUUUGUGUACGAUGGAUUUUAAAUUGUACGCAUAUGAUGAGAUCUGAAUUAUUAAGUUCUCUAUUCUUGAUAACUGAAUUACGGUUUUUAUUAAAUUUCCUCAUUAGUA